CACUUUCUGUUCAUGAAAGUCAAUUGUAGAUCUUCCUUUAUUUUUUCCAGAACUUAAUGGGAUUUAAUGUUUUGGUGCUUAUAGAAGGUAUUUAUAGAAGGCUUCGAAGUUUUUACAUUUGUCAAACCCCACAGAGAUUGUUUACAUUUAAGUAUUUUGGUAUAAGCAGUGACAUCCUAAAAGCUCACUAGUAAAGUCAGUAUCCUAAGUUGGAUUAUCUGUUACUAUGUCCUUAUUUCACAAUAUAUUUAUUUUUUUGUGUCUGUGAGAACUAAACAGGUUUUCAGCUUUACAAAUUGUUUAAAAUUUAGACUUAAAUAUAUACAUAUAUAUGGUGUGUGUAUUGUAUAUACUGCAUAGAUGUUAUUUUUUUUAACUUCUAAUGAACACAGGUCCCAUCCUUCUUUCCCAGUUCCCAGUUUUCUUAUGAAAAAUUUCAAACAUAGAAAACUGUCGAAAGAAUUGUAAAAUGAACACCCAUAGUCUAUCUAGGGGCUAUAAUGUUUUUUUUAAACUGUAAUAAGCCUGUUGUAAUAAAUCAUGUCCUAUUGUUGAUUUUUCUCACUUAAGAAUAGAAUAAUGUAAUUGGUGCCAACUGGCCACCUUUUUUAAGUGCUGUUUAACUUUGAUUAAAUUUAGAUAGCCACAUGUGGCUUGGACUAUCCUGUGGACAGUGUCACUCUAGAGCGUGGCUUGGUAGCCUGUGUGCCCUGAGUGCUUGCUGGUCCUUUAUGCUGCUUAAAGAUGCAUGGUCCUUUAUGCUGCUUAAAGAUGCAAGGUUUGCGGUGGAAAGCCAUCUCAUCGCCAUGGUGCAAGAGUAUACUGUCAUCGCCUUCAGCAGAGCUUCUUUUAUUUACUUUUGCCAUUGGAAUAGAAGACUAAGGAUCUUUCUCUGUUUUGAGGAUGACAAAACCACUCCAGGAUUAGGGUGAAGAGAGACGAGAAUGCCUAAUAACCGUCAUACACCCAAGGGAUCCAGGAUUGAAAGGUCAAAUUCUUCCACCUAAUUUUUGGGUCAACCUGCAUCACUGCAUGACGCAGAUACAGCAAUGAGUGAUCAGGAAGUGAUUUAUUCAACUGUGAGAGUACUUCAGUCUCUAUCAGGAUCACAAAAUCACAGGUUAAGUCCUGAUGGUGCUCAGAGGCCUGGGAAAGCUGGUGACAAAGAAAUGAGUGAUCAGGAAAUGAUUUAUUCAACUGUGAGAGUACUUCAGUCUCCGUCAGGAUCACAGAAUCACAGACUAAGUCCUGAUGGUGCUCAGAGGCCUGGGAAAGCUGGUGACAAAGAGUGUUCAGUGUCCUGGCAUCUUACUGCAGUAACUCUUGGGCUCCUUUGUUUACUUCUGUUGAUGACAGUCAUGGUGCUGGGGACCAAGGUUUUUCAGUAUAUUCAAGAAAAACAUCAAUGGGAAGAAAUUCGACGAAACCUAAGUCUAAAGUAUGACCUUAUGAAAAAUGACAGCUACUUAAAGGAGCAACAUUUGACAAAUAAGACUUUAGAAUAUGAAAUUCUGAAAAAUGAAACCCUUCAUCAGAAAAAGAAAUUGGAAUUAUGCUUUAUAGAAAAUAAGCUAUGUCAUGGAAAAAGGAAUCCUUCAGAGUCUUUGCAAAAUACAGGGCGCUGGUCUUGUUAUGGAAUUAGCUGUUACUAUUUUACCAAUGAGAGUGAAACCUGGAGAAAGUGUAAACAGACUUGUCAAAAUUAUGGAUCAUCUCUUUUGAAGAUAGAUGAUGAUGAUGAACUGGCCUUUAUUCGAUCCCACAUUUCUACAGGUAUUUCCUGGAUUGAAUUACCAUAUAAUUCUCAGGAACAUAAAUGGAAACGGACUGACAAUGACACACCUUCUGAACUUCAUUUUACAAUAUUGACUUCAUCUUCUGGGAUAGGAAAAUGUGCAUUUUUGACUUCAACAAGAAUAGAUGCUAUUGAGUGCUCUAACACCUACAGUUGUGUCUGUGAGAAGAUGAUGAUUUCUCUGCUUCAAGAAAGUACCACGAGAAAAAGGUGAAAAUGGAAUUUUGUCACUUUUUUGUUUCC